AAAAUAUACAAAAUUGCUGACCUCUUCUAAGUAUGUUUUAUAGAACUUCUGUGGCUGCUUAAGAUGGAGAGAAACAUCUCAAGCAGAUGAAGACUGGAGCAAAAAUAAUUUAACUCAGAGCAAAGAUUCUUUGUGCAAAAUUAGAUAAUCUUAGAUCACAAAUGUCAAUGAUAAUUUCUAAUGUACAUUCAAGGGAGCUAUACCUGCUGCUCCCACUAAUUUGUAAACACUUCUGAAUUGCAUAUGAAUUUGUUUUUGACCAACAUCCCAAAGGAAUAACAAGAAAGAGCAAGUAUACAAUUUUAUAGUUAUUGCUAUAGUUUAUAAGCUUUGUCUAAGAUAGAGGAUUAAUGUAAGUUUAUAACUUUAAAUCCAACUUAAAGGGAUGUUAACUAACAGUGCAGAAUGCUUGCAGAAAAAAUGUUUUACAUAUUUAUGUGAAUACAUCUAAGUAAAUAUGUGUUCAUUUCUAAAUUAUGAAAGUGUAGAAUGCAGCAUAUCCCUAACUCCUUUUUCAUUGGAGGACUUAAACAUGAUUUUUUAUACCUUUUAAAUGCUGUAUAAUGUAACUAAACUUUAAUCAUUACAAGGCCAACUGCUGUUGUAGGUUUAAAAGAAUAAUAUGUUAUUUGUGUAAUUUGGUUGUAUGUAAUAACUUUCACACUGACAACUGAAAUAUUAUACAAACAAAAUAUUAUUUUAAACCCACUGCAGAAGCUGGUCUUGUAAUGUUCAUUUAUACUAGUGUGAUCCUCUAAACUUAUAAUGUAAGUAAACCAUAUUUCUCUUGCAAUAUCAGCAUGAACUGUGCUAUUUAAAACCCAAACAUAAUUUUAAUACCUUUUAAUUGCUGUAUGACUAAACCUUGUUUCAUCUGGUACAUCAAAAUCUAUGCUUAGUAGAAGACUUCAAGAUUAUUUUUUCCACAUUUUAUGUUAAAAAUGUAAGAUUAGUCAAUAGUAUAAACAAGUGAAAAUAUAUUUGGUAAUUAAGUUCAGGCCAUUCUCUAGUUCACAAAAAAAUGCGUUCUUUUUGUAGUUAAAUCUUUGGAUGCUGAUUGUUACCAACCCAGUACACUGUGCCAGAAGAACUUUUUAAAACAAGUCUUUAGGUUCUAAACCAGCAUGAUCUGAAAAAAAACUGAAAAUUAUUUCGAUCCUGGUGUCUCAUGCUAAAAUCCUCCAAUUAGAGAAUUGUUUUUUCAUUUAAGAAAAUUUGAAUUGCUUUGAUUAUUUGCCUAUGUAUGUGUAUAUGAAAAUGAAAUUAACACUGAUAUAUUAAAUCUUACUGCUUUUCUUUACGUUUGUUUCAGAAAGACUACUGUAAAUAUUCGUUGUAAGAGUAAUUUAUGGCGAGUCUUUUUUUUAACAAUAAGAAUGGUACUGAUAAGAUAUUUGGCAGAAAAUGUAUUGCAGAGUUAAUAUGAAUUUUAGAAUUGAGGAUGAUAGCUAGGCACAAGGCUUAACAGGAGACAAAAAUACUAUUUAUUACAUGACAUUUAGACAAAUAAAAUGAUCCAAUCGGCUAAACGUGUGCACUGAAAGGCGGGACAUUUGCCAUCUACGUCAGCUAGUUAUUCCCAUUAGGAAAAUUGGUAAGGCAGUCAUCACGUAUUUCUAAACCGUUACACAACUGAUGCGACUAGAGCCCAUUAAUAUAAGCCUAAAAACAUUAUCCAGCCACAUAAUCCGUGGGAAGGUCCAGAAAUGCCAAAUGGGGAUGAUUCUUGCUGUAUAUGACGAACAAAAUAAGAUCAUUCUAAUCCAAAGUUCCAUUAUCUGCGAGCUAUACGUUAAGAUUUGGUAAACGAUAUACGUCCACUUUUCUAAUUUGAAAGAAAACAAACCUAACAUUUUUCACAAAUCCAGUCACUCUGAACAUGUUGCCUGAUGGUGGUGAUUUUUCAUAAAGUGCCGUUCAUUGCCAGAAAAACGCGCUCUGUGGUUGCUCAGUUAAAGGAGUGCCCGUCAAAUUCCACUGUUCGGUCAGACAACACUUGACAGUAGGUGACGUUAACUAGUUGCCGUUCCUCAACUUGUUCAGUUCGAAGAGUAUUAGCUAUACGCAGAUAACAUUUCUGUAGCUUUGCGCAAAAUUCUGAAACAAGCAACCAUAAAGUACCCUCACGGCUCAAACUUGUACUUGUUAUAAUUGUUCUUUUCAUUGUAAGGCAGAGGUUUUUCAGAGAAAACUUCCACUGGAAAUAAUAUUUAGUUGAAAACAUUGAAUUCUCUAUAUGGAAACCACAGUAACUUUAGUUUAAGUAAACACGUAAGUUAACUUGACACCAAUGUUUGUUCUAAACCGAAAACGUUAUGAUUAUAGUUUGUUUUUUUUCUUAUGAAUUGUAUUGAUUCCCUAUAAAAGCUCGGAUUAGGUUUACAGUAAAAUUAGUUUAACUUUGAUAUAGGUACUAUUCACUUAUUGCCAAAACUGAAAUAUUUUUGAUUCUAAUAGUAUUACUCUUUAAAAGGCACAUAAUUUAGAAAACGAUAAUCUAACGCUUUUCUAACCGAUAUUUACGUAUGCGUAAUUUUUGGUAUAGGUAAAGCACCAAGUGAUUUUAUAUACGAUAUCGUUAAACAACAAUAUUUUGACAUUUAAUUUCACGUAAGAAACGGCGCGUAGCAAAACAAUAUAAUGGCCCGGUCAAAACAUGACGACUUAGCCUUUCUCGAGUGUUGUUUAACCCCUAGUACUAACCUGUUUUUUACGAGCCGAUGAACUCGUAGAUUGUUCGUUCUCACACGAUAAACAACAACAAUGGAUAUCAUGGAAAUGAAAACGUUUUGCACCUGUUAUUGUAAAUUAACGCACUCGUUGAGAAAUGGUUUAUUAAUUUUUUGAUGGUUUUUUAAUUGUAUAAAAACUAAUUUAAGAAAUAUCAAACCAACUGAAGACAAGCCCAAUAUGACGUCAUAGCUGUGAACCCAUAAAAAUGGACAUAAGGUCACAUCGAGUGACGUCAUAUGGCUGUAGUACGCUUGGCAAAAUACAUUUAAUGGUGUUUCAUAACCCAGAUAACCGAAUCGGUGCGACAGAAAUGUCAAAGAUAGAAGAAAUUAAUAUCAACGUUUAACGAGAAGAACAUGUAACUUACAAACUCUCAGCGUGACAGAAAGGAUUGAACAUAUGAAGGAAAACUUGACCACGUAACUUCGAAAAGGUGAUUUAAGAAGUUAGCUAAUACAAAUGUUCGUAAGAUACUCUAGUUUUUCACGAUUGUUAAUUAUAUACGUCUGUGGUAUAGCAUUGUGGUUAACUAGUUCUAAAGGCCUCCCAGCACCUAAUACUGAAGACAGACAAGGCAGUGGAUCGUACGAGCCUGUUAUUGUUGUAUAUCACAAUGAAAGAACUGUUGCUAAGGUGGAGUAUCUUGAUACAACGCGCACUAAAAUCCAGAAAUGCAACCUCUCUGAAAUUGAUAGUGAAAAUGACACAGAAGAAGUCUUGAGUUCAUUUCGCCAGCAUGUAGAAGAGGUCAGUUUUCCAAUAAUGUUGUGGUUUAUAGAGGAGUGUCGUAUGCUGGAUUUUAUUGAUGAAACCUCAAACAUCAAAACUGAUGCAACUUCAUUGGAAUUAUCAGUAUUACCUAGUUGGUCUUUAUUCAGUGGAAUACUGCCAGGCACCAGGUGGUGUGGGACAGGAGAUGUUGCAAAACAGUAUGACGAUUUAGGAAGGUACAAUAAUGUGGACAUUUGUUGCAGAGCUCAUGACCACUGUCCAAUAAAGGUUAAAGGACUUCAGACAGGAUAUGGCAUCUUCAACUGGUCGUUUUAUACCAAAUCUCACUGUGAUUGUGACAGAGAAUUCAAGAAGUGUCUCAAAAUCAGCAGGAGUAGAGUAGCAGACCUAAUGGGAAAUUUUUAUUUCAAUGUUCUAAAAGUACAGUGUCUGCAAGAAGAUACCAGAGUUUGCAGAAAGCAGCUGAGAAGCAGAUGUGCUGAAACGAAACAGAAUAUCAAGAUGAAAGCUGUGGAAUCAGAGUGGCAAUACUAGCCUUCUUAACUAUGUCUAAUUCAUUAAUGGAAUUAAAAGCAUUCACUACAGCACAACAUUCUACAUUAAUACAAAAAUUUAUAUUUAGUACUGCCUGUCAUCAAUUUAGGGUUUUUCUUAAUAAUGCAUUUGUACUUCCUAAUAUUUAUACAUGUAACUAAUUAUACAAAUAAAUGUUUUACUGAAA